CGUCUGCACGUCGCACGGACUUGGAUGCUGCGACCUGAGGCUGAGCAGGCUGGAUUCAGAGUGAAGCAUCUGCGCCUGGCUGCAGCAAGUGUUCGUCUCAUUCAACGGAUUGGUGCUGUUGUAGUCUAUCAUAAAGUAACCGAAAAGGCGUUUUGGAGCCGUAGGCCUUUAGGAGAGAGCCAUCAUGUCUUCCAGUUCAGCGACAACCAGGAUCCUAAUCAAGGGUGGCAAGGUGGUGAACGAUGACGUCACGCAGGAGGCGGAUGUGUACAUUGAGAACGGCAUCAUCCAGCAGGUGGGGGAGGGGCUGAUGAUCCCGGGAGGGGCCAAGGUGAUUGACGCCUCCGGGAAACUGGUACUCCCCGGGGGGAUUGACACCAGCGUGCACCUGCAGCAGAGUUUCAUGAACGCUACCACCGUGGACGACUACUAUAGCGGCACCAAGGCAGCCCUGGCUGGAGGUACCACCAUGGUUAUAGGACAUGUAUUACCAGAGAAGAAUGAAUCUCUACUGGAAGCCUACGAGAAGGCCCGCUCCCAGGCCGACAAUAAAGCCUGCUGCGAUUACGCCCUGCAUAUGGGGGUCACCUGGUGGGGGCCCAAGGUGCGUGCUGAGAUGGAGAGCCUGGUGAGAGAUAAAGGGAUCAACUCGUUCCAGAUGUUCAUGGCCUAUAAGGACCUGUUCAUGCUGAGGGACUCAGAACUUUUCCAGGCCCUACAGAACUGUAAGGACAUCGGGGCCGUGGCCCGUGUACACGCUGAGAACGGAGAACUAGUGGCCGAGGGAGCCAAAGAGGCAUUGGACCUGGGAAUCAGUGGCCCAGAGGGCAUUGAGAUCAGCAGACCAGAGGAGCUGGAGGCAGAGGCCACCCAUCGUGCGAUCACCAUCGCCAAUAGGGCCCACUGUCCUAUCUACCUUGUCAACGUGUCCAGCAUGUCAGCAGGAGAUGUGCUUGCCACAGCCAAGAUGCAGGGUAAAGUGGUCCAUGGGGAGACCACCACAGCCCAUGCGGUGCUGAACGGUCUGCAGUACUACCAUCAGGACUGGGCCCAUGCUGCAGCCUACGUCACUGUUCCUCCUCUACGCCUGGACCCAAACACACCCAACUACCUGAUGAGUCUACUGGGAAAUGAUACGCUGAACGUAGUGGCGUCUGACCACCGCCCCUUCACCACCAAACAGAAGGCUAUGGGCAAGGAUGACUUCACAAAGAUCCCCCACGGAGUCCCGGGCAUCCAGGACCGCAUGAGCGUCAUCUGGGAGAGAGGAGUGGUCGGAGGCAAGAUGGACGAGAACCGUUUUGUUGCGGUGACCAGCUCCAACGCAGCUAAGAUCUACAACCUGUACCCCAGGAAGGGUAGGAUCAUCCCAGGGGCUGACGCUGACCUGGUGGUCUGGGACCCUGAAGGGACCAAGACCAUCUCUGUGGACACACAGGUGCAGGGUGGAGACUACAACCUGUACGAGAGUCUUCGUUGCCAUGGUGUCCCCCUGGUUACCAUUAGCCGUGGUCGUUUGGUCUAUGAGAACGGAGUGUUCACGUGCUCCGAGGGCUCUGGGAAGUUCUAUCCUCUCAGAACCUUCCCUGACUACCUCUACAAGAAAAUGGUGCAGCGGGAGAAGUGUCAGGCCCUGAAGGCUGUGGAGCGUGAGCCCUACGUAGGAGACGUAGCGUUGAUGAAUUCUGGGAAGAAGGACUGUGGACCAUGUGAUGGGGACACCCCAACACGACCACACACCAAGCACGGAGGACAGAGAGACCUGCAUGGGUCCAGUUUCAGCCUCUCUGGUGCCCAGGUUGAUGAUAAAAUCCCAAAGAGAUCUUCUGCAAGGAUUCUGGCCCCCCCAGGUGGUCGAUCCAGUGGCAUCUGGUAACUGUGUGGUAGAGUAGUGAGUUCUAGAACCAAACAAUUACUGUAGUUCUCUAUUAGAAUGAAACCUGAAGGAAAGUUCAGGGCCAACUAAGACAAACUGCUUGUUACGUUCACCCAGAAAGCAUAGAAAGAAAAGAAAAUCUCACAUGUCAUUUCAAAAACGAACUCACGUAUUUAGUGUAUAUAUGAUGACAGGGUCUGAGUAACAUUUAUAUGACACUGAUGUAAUUUUAAUAUUUGUUGGAAUAUCUGCCUGUAUGGUCAAACCCUGAACAAUAUUGGGCUUAGCAAAUUUUUGGACAAAUCAAAACUAAAUUUGCACGGUAGCUAUGUUGCUAGUUGACUGUUUUGGAUAAAUGUAUGUAUUUUAGAGAAAGUACUCAAUGUCAUUAUACACUAAUGGUUUUAGGGGGAUGAGGGGAGGAUGGGGUUGAGUUGAUAAUUGGUUUUACCUCACUGUUUAACCUACAAUAUUGCACUUGUAUCAUGUACUACUUAGCUGCCUUUUCCUUACAUGAUUUGAUGUGUAACAGAACAACUUUUCUACCAAUACAGAACAGUCAUGAAUUCACGUGAUUAGUUAUUUACUACGCAAUAUCUCAAAGCACUUGACAUGAAAUAACGUGAAUAUAACAAUUUUUGUGUGAAACACUGUUUUUUUUCUGUUCGGGUCCCUUCACGAUUCCAUUUGUCUAAUUUUGACGAAAACUCAAAUGCAAGCUGAUA